GUUAUCCUUCCCCUCGCUUCUUCCUCCUGAACGACCUCACGUCCUCAGCGAUCCACGGUGUAGUUUUUGAGCUAUCUGUCCUCUGCUGGGAUCUUUUGGAGAUCUUCACUGUCGCAAUUAUGGGCUUUGAGCGAAAGAUGCUCACGUACGGCGACCCCGAGGACGAGGAAGAUGCACCAGCUGAGGAGGAAGAAGAGGAGGAGGAGGAGGAAGAAGAUCUGGUGGAUCCUCUAGAAACGUUGCGAUCAAAGUGUGAACAGACUGAACACUGUGUGCACGCGAAGGAGCGGCUGGAGGCCUGUGAAACCAGAGUUGGCUCCAAAUCCAACACUGCUGAAGAAUGCACGGAAGAAUUUUUUGACUUUCUGCAUGCACGGGAUCAUUGUGUUUCACACAAGCUGUUCAGUAACGUGAAAUAACCUUCCUGGCCAGCUCCACCUGCAGCUCAAGCUCUGCCAAAAAUUGUUAAAUAAUCUAGAUUGCCGGUUUCCUGUGUAUUAAUGUAUAAUGAUUUUAGGUUCCUGGACUAAAUACAUAACCACUUCUGUAUACUAUGCAUUGUUGUGCUGAUAGGGUAUGACGCAGUUGGUAGAAUGACGCAGUUGGUAGAAUGACGCAGUACUUGAAGGUAAUGAGGGAAUCAAAGUUGAGAAAAGGAGAACUCAAAUCAUUGUCACUGGUCAGUUCACAUACAAAAGCAAACGUGCUGCUCUGGCAAUGUGUGUUUCUACUCAGGUUAGGCUCUGGAUUUAUUGCCCUGAACCAGAAAAUAAACAUUCUCUGGUAUCCAG